AUGUGCGGAGGCAUAAUUAUUAGGUUAACUCAGUCUCUUCUGAUUGGACGUGCUCUUCACCGCAUCACGCGACGAUACCACCAGGACAAGCUCAAUCUGUGGUCCGGUUGCCCAGAAGCUCGGCUCGAAAAGUCGCCGCAUAAACGUAUAAAAGAUAUCGCGUCGCCUUUUGGCCCCCACACCUUGCGAAGGACCGUCACGAUGAUUCUCGCUGGGUUCGUCUUUGCCAGUCUCCUCCUCUCCCAGGGCAAUGCUUUUGUUACGCGCUCAUGGGACGAGUCCUAUCGACUCGCGAACAACGUCGUCGCCCAGAUGACUCUCGACGAGAAGCUUGGGAUUGUCAUUGGAACGGGGCAGUUGAACUCUGCACGUCGAUGUGUCGGGGACACCAAGGCCAUCCCGCGUCUCGGCAUCCCGUCUAUAUGCAUGCAGGACGGUCCUGCGGGCAUGCGUCUCGUCAAGAACGUCACUGCCUACCCUACUGGCAUCAACGCCGCAUCAACAUUCAGUCGCAGGUUGAUGCGUGCCAGAGGUGUCGCUAUCGGUGAAGAGUUCAGAGCCAAAGGGGCACACAUCUUCCUGGGACCCGGUCUGGACGUCAUGCGCAAUCCCAAGGGCGGCCGUGGAUGGGAGAGCUUCGGACCGGACCCUUAUCUCAACGGCGAGGGCGCGUACGAGACCAUCGUCGGCGUGCAGAGCGUCGGCGUGCAAGCAUGUGCGAAACACUUGCUCGGGAAUAACCAGGAGCACUGGCGGUACGGUCUGAGCUCGAACAUGGACGACAGGACGACGCAUGAGAUCUAUUUUUACCCCUUCCUAAGGAGUAUCGAGGCGGACGUCACGUCGGUAAUGUGCGCAUACAACCGGUUUAAUGGCACUUCUUCGUGCCACAACGAGAACCUCAUCGGCCCCAAUGGGUUGAUGCAGAAGGCCGGAUUUAAAGGCUAUGUCAUUAGCGACUGGGGUGCAACCCACGACGGCGCUGCCGAGAACGCCAACAAUGGUCUCGACAUGGAACAGCCAGGAGAUAACAUUGUCAUCGGUGGUGGUGUCUUCGCUGGUGGUCUGAGAGGUGCUCUCAACUCUGGUGCUGUCUCCCAAGACAGGCUGAACCAGAUGGUCGCACGCAUCCUGGCACCGUGGUACCAUCUCGGACAAGACUCUGGCUUCCCUGAGACCAACUUCGACGCGCAGAGACGCGACGGCACGGGUCCACGGAACCUCGGCGUCAACGUGCGCACCGCAGCGCACACCGCCAUCAACAAGGAGAUCGUCUCCGCCUCAUCUGUCCUGCUCAAGAACGCCCGCGUGACAAACUCCGCUGGACAGUCGACCCGCGGUCUGCCACUGACGAGGGGCGUCGCGAAGACUGUUGCGAUUAUUGGCCAGGAUGCGAAGAUGCCUAAGCUCGAUUGCAAUGAGCUGGGUGAAUGUAAUGAGGGUACCAUGGUCGUUGGUUGGGGUUCGGGAUCGACGUUGCUUGAUCAUGUCGUCCCACCCGUCGAUGCUCUGACGGCCCACAUUGGUAAUACCGCCACGAUUACGACCUCUUUGACGAUGGACCAAAACAAUGCUGCGAACGCUGCCCGAGGAAAGGACGUUGCUUUCGUUUUUGCCAAUGCCAUGAGCGGUGAAUUGGGUUUCUACAACGUUGUCCACGGCAACAUGGGCGACAGGAAUGACCUUGCCCUCUGGUGGAAAGGCGGCAGCAUGAUUGAGCGCGUCGCCGCCGUCUGUAGCAACACUAUCGUUGUCAUCCACUCCGUCGGCCCCGUCAUCCUGAACUGGUCCGACCACCCCAAUAUCACCGCCAUCAUCUACGCUGGAGCACCUGGCGAACAGACAGGGCCUGGUCUCGUUGAUGUUCUUUAUGGACUAUAUAACCCGAGUGGCAGGCUGCCUUUCAGCAUAGCUGACAGCGAGGCCCCAUACGGCACCGAGAUUGUGUACAACAGCCUUGGUUUCCCAGAUAUCAACCACACUGAGAAGCUCCUCCUCGACUACCGCAACAUGGACGACAAGAACAUCACCCCCCGCUUCGAGUUCGGUUUCGGCUUGUCCUACACCACCUUCGCCUACUCUGGUCUCUCUAUCUCUGCCGUGGCAAACGGCGCCUACAGCCUCACCUUCAGCCUGAGGAACAGCGGCUCGUUCGACGGUACCGAGAAGCCCCAGCUCUAUCUUGGCUACCCAGCGUCCGCCGGCGAGCCCAAGAAGGUUCUGAGAGGGCUCGAGGAGGUUGAUGUGACUGUUGGCCAGACGAAGAGCGUUACCAUUACCCUCGACAGGAGAGGCAUGAGCGUCUGGGAUACGCCUAGUCAGAGUUACGUUCGUCCUUCGGGCACGUUCACUGUUUACAUCGGAGCGUCUAUCAAGGACAUCAGGCUGACUGGAACGAUCGUUGUUUGA